CCCAAUGCCAUUUGCUGCAAAAAACAUGUUUUAUGAUGAACGCUGGAAAGAGAAGCAGGAACAGGCUUUCACUUGGUGGCUAAAUUUCAUACUCACUCCUGAUGACUUCACAGUGAAAACAAACAUUUCUGAAGUAAAUAUUGCAACUGUGCCUUUGGGAAUGGAGAAUCAACAUAAAAUAAGUGUUCCUAGAGCACCUACAAAAGACGAAAUGUCUCUCAGAGCUUAUACUGCUCGGUGCAGGUUGAACAGAUUACGUCGCGCAGCAUGCCAUUUAUUUACUUCUGAAAAAAUGGUUAAAGCUAUUAAAAAGCUAGAAAUUGAAAUUGAAGCUAAGCGGUUAAUUGUCCGAAAAGAUAGACACCUUUGGAAAGAUGUUGGAGAACGCCAGAAGGUAUUGAAUUGGUUGUUGUCAUAUAAUCCUUUGUGGCUUCGAAUUGGCCUAGAGACAGUGUUUGGAGAGCUCAUAUCUUUGGAAGAUAAUAGUGAUGUCACAGGGUUGGCUGUGUUUAUUCUGAAUCGCUUACUUUGGAAUCCUGAUAUAGCAGCUGAGUAUCGACAUCCCAGUGUUCCACAUCUAUACAGAGAUGGUCAUGAAGAAGCUUUGUCCAAGUUUACGUUGAAAAAGUUGUUGUUGGUGGUCUGUUUCCUUGAUCAUGCUAAAAUUUCCAGACUUAUUGAUCAUGAUCCUUGUCUCUUCUGUAAAGAUGCUGAAUUCAAGUCUAGUAAAGAAAUUCUUCUGGCAUUUUCACGAGAUUUUCUAAGUGGUGAAGGUGACCUUUCCCGUCACCUUAGCUUAUUAGGAUUACCUGUUAGUCAUGUUCAGACGCCGUUUGAUGAAUUUGAUUUUGCUGUUUCAAAUCUUGCUGUGGACUUGCAAUGUGGAGUGCGUCUUGUGAGAACCAUGGAACUUCUCACACACAACUGGAAUCUUUCAAAGAAACUAAGGAUUCCUGCAAUAAGUCGCCUUCAAAAGAUUCACAAUGUUGACAUUGUUCUUCAAAUACUUAAGUCACGAGGAAUUCAAUUAAAUGAUGAGCGUGGAAAUGCAAUUAUAUCUAAGGACAUCGUGGAUAGGCACAGAGAAAAAACUCUUGGGUUGCUUUGGAAAAUAGCAUUUGCUUUUCAGGUAGAGAUCUCCCUUAAUUUAGAUCAACUAAGGGAAGAAAUUCAAUUUCUAAAAGACAUGCAGAGCAUGAAGAAAACAAUGUCUAAAUUAUCAGGCCAUUCUGAUGCUGUUAUAAAUAAGAAAAAUGACAAAGGGCGUAGUAGUACCUUAGAUCACUACAGUGAGAGUGUGAAAUUAUUGAUGGAUUGGGUAAAUGCUGUUUGUGCUUUCUAUAACAAAAAGGUGGAGAAUUUUACAGUGUCUUUCUCAGAUGGUCGUGUGUUAUGUUACCUGAUCCAUCACUACCAUCCUUGCUAUGUGCCUUUUGGUGCUAUAUGCCAGCGUACUACUCAGACUGUGGAAUGCACACAAACAGGCUCCGUGGUAUUGAAUUCCUCCUCUGAAUCUGAUGAUUGUUCUUUGGAUAUGUCUCUUAAACCACUUGAUCAUGAAAAUAAUUGUGAACUACACAAAGAGCUUCUAGAAAAUGAAAAGAAAAAUUUUCAUUUAGUUAGGUCUGCAGUUAGAGAUCUUGGUGGAAUACCUGCUAUGAUUCACCAUUCAGACAUGUCAAAUACAAUUCCAGAUGAAAAGGUGGUUAUUGUGUAUUUGUCAUUUCUUUGUGCAAGGCUUUUGGAUCUUCGUAAAGAAAUACGAGCUGCUAGGCUUAUACAAACAACGUGGAGAAAAUAUAAAUUAAAAAAGGAUCUAAAACAUCAUCAGGAGAGAGACAAAGCUGCAAGAAUUAUUCAAUCAGCUGUAAUCAGUUUUCUGGCCAAACGACGUCUGAUAAAAGAGGUUGAUGCAGCGUUGAUCAUUCAGAAAUCUUGGAGAAGAUUAUUAGCGCACAGAAAAUUAUUGAUGUUAAAAAAGGAAAAACUGGAAAAAAUUCAAAAUAAAUCAGCUUUAGUUAUUCAGAGAUACUGGAGAAGAUACUCCACUAGAAAAAGAUUUCUGAAACUGAAAUAUUAUUCAGUCAUCUUGCAAUCUAGGAUAAGAAUGAUAAUUGCUGUCGCAUCUUACAAAAGGUGCCUUUGGGCCACAGUUACAAUUCAGAGGCACUGGCGGGCUUAUUUAAGAAGAAUACAAGAUCAAGAGAGAUAUAAAAUGCUAAAAUCAUCAUCGCUUAUAAUUCAGUAUAGAUUUAGAAGAUGGAAGCAACGUAAAAUGCAAUUACAAAUAAAAGCUGUGGUCAUAUUACAAAGAGCUUUUAGAGAGUGGUAUUUGAGAAAACAAGCUAAAGAAAGGUCUGCUGUUGUCAUACAAUCAUGGUAUAGAAUGCACAGGGAAGUACGGAAAUAUAUUUAUAUUAGAUCAUGUGUUGUUAUUAUUCAGAGAAGAUUUCGGUGCUUUCAAGCCCAAAAAUUAUACAAAAAAAAAAGAGAGUCUAUCUUGACAAUCCAGAAGUACUACAGAGCAUAUCGGAAAGGAAAAAUUGAGCGGACCAACUAUUUGCAGAAACGGGCUGCAGCCAUUCAGCUACAGGCUGCCUUCAGGAGAGUGAGAGCACGUAAUUUACAACGACAGAUUAGAGCUGCUUGUGUUUUACAGUCAUAUUGGAGAAUGAGACAGGACAGAUUUCGAUUUUUAAACCUUAAGAAGAGUGUUAUCAAAUUACAAGCGCACAUAAGAAAACAUCAACAAUUACAGAAAUAUAAGAAGAUAAUAAAAGCAACCAUUGUAAUUCAGACUCAUCUCCGAGCUUAUAUUUCAGCCAGGAAAGUUCUAGCAUCUUAUCAGAAAACACGGUCUGCUGUCAUUGUUCUACAGUCUGCAUAUAGAGGGAUGCAGGCCAGGAAAAUGUUUCUUCAAAUCCUCACAUCUGUUGUAAAGAUUCAAUCAUAUUACCGUGCUUAUAUUUGCAGGAAGAAAUUCCUGAGCCUAAAAAGUGCUGCAAUAAAAUUUCAGUCAGUUGUCAAAAUGAAACAAGCACGUAGACAGUAUUUACACUUAAGAGAAGCUGCUCUCUUUAUCCAGCAGUGGUACCGUUCUCAAAAAAUGGCUUCACAAAAGAGAAAAGAAUAUAUGCAGAUGCGCAAGUCUUGUGUCACACUGCAGGCCUUUUUUAGAGGAUACCUGGUCCGUAAACAGAUGAGGUUGCAAAGAAAUGCUGCUGUUUCACUACAGUCUUAUUUCAGAAUGAGAAAGAUGCGGCAGCACUACCUAAAAACAUACAAAGCAGUUGUUGUCAUUCAGAGCUACUAUCGUGCAUACAAAGCACAAGUCAAUCAGAGGAAGCACUUCUUGCAAAUCAGAAGAGCAGCUACCUGCCUUCAAGCAGGUUAUAGAGGUUAUAAAGUACGGCGAAAAAUCCAACAGCAAUCCAUAGCUGCUCUUAAAAUUCAGACUGCUUUUAGAGGCUACAGUAAGAGGAUAAAAUACCAAUCUCUCCUUCAGUCUAUUGUGAGAAUUCAGAGAUGGUACAGGGCACAUAUGAUUGUUUAUGGUACAAGAAGAGAUUUUCUAAAGAUGAGGACAGCUGUAAUUUCCCUCCAGUCUGCUUAUCGUGGCUGGAAAGUCCGGAAGCAGAUCCAAAAGGAACAUCAAGCUGCAAUCAAAAUUCAGUCUGUUUUUAGAAUGAUCAAGGCCCAGAAACAAUUUAGAUUGUUAAGAACAGCAGCAGUAGUCAUUCAACAACGUCUCAGAGCACUGACUGCGGGAAGAAAGCAACGAAUGGAGUACAUAAAAUUUCGCCGUGCAGUAGUGAUGCUGCAGUCCACGUGGAAAGGAAAAACCCUGAGGAGACAGAUUCAGAAGCAGCACAGCUGUGCUGUUAUCAUACAGUCAUACUACAGAAUGCAUGUGCAACAGAAGAAAUGGAAAAUCAUGAAAAACGCUGUACUUCGCAUUCAAAUGUAUUAUAGAGCUUACAGUGUUGGAAGAGAACAACAUCACUUAUAUUUGAAAAAGAAAGCUGCCAUAGUAACUUUACAGUCUGCCUACCGCGGUAUGAAAGUGAGAAAAAGAAUGAAAGAUUUCAACAAAGCAGCACUCACCAUACAGUCUAAUUAUAGAGCUUAUAAAACCCAAAAGAAAUAUGCAAGCUAUAGAGCUUCAGCUGUUGUAAUUCAGAGGUGGUAUCGAGGUAUGAAGAAUGCAAACCAUCAACAUAAGCAGUAUCUUAAUUUAAAGAAGGCAACAAUUAAAAUCCAAGCUGUUUAUAGAGGUAUUAGAGUAAGAAGACAUAUUCGACACCUACACAUGGCGGCCACUUGUAUUAAAGCCAUGUUUAAAAUGCAUCAGUCGAGAGUAAGAUACCAGGCAAUGAGAAGAGCAGCUGUUGUAAUUGAAAGAAGAUACAGAGCAUACUACCAAGGUAAAGUUCAACGAGAAAAGUACCUGACCAUUUUGAAAGCUGUUAAUACUCUUCAGGCAAGUUUUAGAGGAGCAAGAGUUAGACAGGCUCUACAAAAGAUGCACAUCUCAGCCACACUCAUUCAGUCAUACUAUAGAAGAUACAGGCAGCAAACAUAUUUUAAUAAGCUAAAGAAAAUGACAAAAGCAGUCCAGCAAAGAUACAGAGCAGUGAAGGAAAGAAAUAUGCAGCUUCACAGGUACACCAAGUUGAGGCUCUCUGUAAUACGCAUCCAGGCUGCUUUUAGGGGAAUGAGAGCGAGAAGACAUUUAAAAGUCAUGCAUUUAGCUGCCAUCCUUGUUCAGAAGAGAUUUAGAGCUCUCAUGGUGAGAAGAAAGUUCUUGUCUCUUAAGAAAACAGUUACUUGGAUUCAGAGAAAAUACCGUGCAAAACGGCAUUUACAACAAUUCCUGCAGUUACAAAAGGCAGCUAUUAAAAUCCAGUCAUCAUAUAGAGGAUGGGUGGUAAGGAAAAAGAUGCAAGAAAUGCACAGGGCUGCUGUGGUGAUCCAGGCCACUUUCAGAAUGCACAGAAACUAUGUUAUGUUUCAGACUUGGAAACAUGCCACGAUUCUAAUUCAGCGACAUUAUCGAAAGCACAGAGCCACAAAACUGCAAAGAGAAGAUUUGAUCAGACAAUGGGAUUCUGCUGUGAUCAUUCAAGCUGCAUAUAAAGGAAUGAAAACAAGACAGUCCUUAAGGGAAAAACACAGAGCUGCUGUCAUAAUACAAAGAACAUAUAGAAUGUAUAGGCAGUAUUGUUUCUACAAAAAACUUCGGUGGGCUACAAAAGUAAUACAAGAAAAACACAGAGCAAAUAAAAAGAAACAGAAAGCUUUUCAACCCAAAGCCUGUAAGAAAGAAGAAACUUGUAUGCAGACAGCUCUUCAGGACAGAAAUACAAGGAAACAAAUUCAGAAACAGCAUGAGGCUGCCAUUAUUAUUCAGAAGCAUUUUAAAGGCUUUAAAACAAGGAGACAUUACCUCCACCUUAAAGCCACAGUGAUUUCUGUUCAAAGAAGAUACAGAGCACUAACUGCCUCCCGGACCCAAGCAGUUAUUUGUGUAGGAUCUUCUCACAGAGGCUUUCAGGAAGCAGAGUUUCAUUCUCAGAGUGGAGCUGCACAAAUAGUUCAAAAAGCUGCUCAUAAAAUAAUCCCAAGACAGCUGGACACACAAAAAUGCGCUGCCCUACGAAUUCAGUCUUUCCUUCAGAUGGCUGUGUGUCGAAGAAGGUUCAUUCAGCGGAGAAGAGCUGCUGUCACUAUUCAACAUUACUUCAGGACAUGGAAAACCAGAAAACAGUUUUUACGAUACAGGAAAGCAGCAGUGAUUUUACAAAAUCGCUAUAGAGCUUUUGUAUUUACAAAACAGCAAAGACAAUUUUAUUUACAGAUCCGGAGGAGUGCUAUUAUUAUUCAAGCUGUAGUGAAAGGGAUUAUACAGAAACGGAAGUUUCAAAAAGUUAAAAACAGCACCAUAAAAAUACAGGGUGUAUGGAGAAGAUACAAGGCUAAGAAAUAUUUAUGUAAAGUAAAAGCUGCCUGCAAGAUUCAAGCCUGGUAUAGGUGUUGGAGAUCCCGCAAACAGUAUCUAGCUGUAUUGAAAGCUGUUAAAAUUAUUCAAGCUUGCUUCUGUGCCAGACUGGAGAGAACACGAUUUCUGAAGAUGAGAGCAUCAGCAAUUUUCAUUCAGAGAAAAUGGAGAGCUAUACUUUUGGCAAGAAGAGCUCAUGAGCACUCUUCAAUGAUAAAAAUUUUAGAACAGCGAGCCAAAAUUCGAAUUCUUCACUUUACUGCAGCUGCAUAUUAUCACCUGUCUGCUCUUAAAGUUCAAAGAGCAUAUCGGCUUCACAUGGCUAUGAAGAAUGCAAAGAGGCACAUUAAUUCAGUCAUCUGUAUUCAGAGAUGGUUUCGAGCAAGAUUACAACGAAAGAAGUUUAUUGAGCAGUAUCAUAAUACCAUAAAAACUAAACAUGAAAUUCAAGAAUGUCUGAACAAGCAAAAUAGGGCUGCUUUAGUAAUACAGAAAGCAGUACGCCGCUUUCUUCUUUGCAAAAGACAAGAAAAAUAUAAUAGUAGAAUCACUAAAAUUCAGGCAUUAUGGAGAGGCUACAUUUGGAGAAAGAAAAAUGAUUGUACAAAAAUCAAAGCUAUACGGCUAAGCCUUCAACUUGCUAAUAAGGAGAUUCGAGAAGAAAACAAGCUGUACAAGAGAACUGCACUUGCGCUUCAUGAUCUUCUGACAUAUAAGCACCUUUCUGCCAUUCUGGAGGCUCUAAAGCAUCUAGAUGUAGUCACCAGACUGUCUCCACUUUGUUGUGAGAACAUGGCGGAGAGUGGAGCGAUUUCUAAAAUAUUUGUUUUGAUCCGAAGUUGUAAUCGUAGUAUUCCUUGUAUGGAAGUCAUCAGAUAUGCUGUUCAAGUCUUGCUUAACGUUGCUAAGUAUGAGAAAACUACUUCUGCAGUUUAUGAUGUAGAAAAUUGUGUGGACACGCUGCUGGAGCUGUUACAGAUAUACAGAGAAAAGCCUGGGGACAAAGUUGCAGACAAGGGGGGGAGCAUUUUUACAAAGACCUGCUGUUUGUUGGCUGUUUUGUUGAAAACAACCACUCCAGCCUCUGAUGCACAAAGUAGGUCCAAAGUUGUUGACCGUAUUUAUAGUCUGUAUAAACUUAUCGCACGUAAGCAUAAAGUCAGUACUGAGAGAAUAUUUUAUAAACAAAAGAAGAAUCCUAUAGGAACUCCCUGUGUUUCAGAAAGACCUGCAAGAACUAAAAUAGUUUCAAGACUUAAACCGGACUGGGUUUUGAGAAGAGAUAAUGUAGAAGUCACCAAUCCCCUGCAAGCUAUUCAAAUGGUGAUGGAUACAGUUGGCAUUCCUUAUUAGUACAUGUAAACAUCGUCAGUGUGUUAGUAUGAAGAAAUACUGAAGUUAAUCAUGAUCAAUCAAGCAUAUGUUGCUUUCUGUGUAGUUUUUAAAGUUUGACUUUGUAUUAAAUAUAUAUAUAUAUAUAUUACAAGUAACUAAACUGUGUAGUUCUUUUUUGUUUAAGGUUAAAGAGUAUAUAGAAAGCAUCUGGA